AUGAAUUCUGAGACCUCCCAACCGCCCAGUAUGACCUUCAGUGUCCUGGCCCCUGCUGCGCCCGUUCUGGCACCACGAGCCGGCACGUUGGCGAUUACAGGCCGCACGACUUUGUCCACGCCGCAUUAUCUGCCUGUCACGUCGCGGGGCGUGGUGCCUCAUAUAUCCCACGACAACGUGCGCAAAGAAACCGCCAUCAAUGGCCUAUACGUAGGACUCGAGGACUUCAUCGAAAAGAAACACCGCUCCCCAGUAUUUAAGAUUCCCGUUGAGGCAAAUGAGUCGCCGUUGCGGAAAUUCAUUUGCGCAUCCAGCGACUUGCCUUUGAUCCUAGGUCCGCGUCGGUUUCCCGCCAUGCCCUGCCCACCUGUCAACACCACGACGUCAAUUGCGAUCUCCACCUCAGAUGGAUUUCACCAAUUGUCCGCCCAGCAAUAUAUUGAUGUGACCUAUAAGUUGAAGCCCGAUAUUGUUAUUGGACUUGCGGAUAUGGUGUCUGGAAAGCCACCUGGCAACAAGAGGCGGGCCAAGAUGGUGGACCGGACACAUGCGUACACCAGAGAUGCACUGGAGAAGUUAUAUGGUGACGCGGUUGAGGCAGACGAAAAGUCCAAGGCAGCAUACUUUGCGCCGAUCUUGCCACUUGAUAAUACUCAGCAGUCGCUUUACUUGAAUGAUCUGAAAGACGAGUUCGUCGAUCGUCUUUCUGGGUUGGCAUUAUACGAUUCUGCUUCUCUAACCUUCAUCCCGGGGGCUUUGGGCAAUUUGCCUCGACUGCUUCUAAGUGACCCCAGGGGUCCGCAUGCGGUUCUCCGUGAGAUAUCGCUUGGUGCAGAUCUUCUCACCACCCCCUUUGUUGGUGAUUCUUCGGAUGCAGGUAUCGCGCUGGACUUCACCUUCCCGGCUCCUCCCAGAGAGGCCGACGAGAAGGAUCCUUUGCCAUUGGGUAUUGACAUGUGGUCAUCUGAGUACGCGAAGGAUGUUUCUCCUCUGCGGGAGGGCUGCCAGUGCUACGCAUGCCGACGCCACCACCGCGCAUACUUCAACCACCUCCUGGCUGCCAAGGAGAUGGCUGCAUGGGCCCUUCUCCAGAUGCACAACUUCCACACAAUGGACCUGUUCUUCCACGGUGUCCGAGAAAGUAUUCAACGUGGGUCUUUCGAGCAGGACGUUGAGGCAUUCACUCGCACCUAUGCCUCCACAUUACCCGAGUCCACGGGCCAGGGUCCUAGACUUCGCGCCUACCAGCAUCCCACCGGUGCUAACCAGCCUGCCCGUGCUCCUCGUGUAUACGGUCGCCUUGACGACGCCCUCCAAAAGUUCCAAGAUUCCCAGUCUUGUGUUGCUACUCCCGAUACUGAUGCGGAGGGCCUCGAGAAACAUGGAUUUGCUGAAAAGACUUGA